AUGUCUGGCAAAAGAGUGCAGAAGAAUCACUUCCAGACCGAGAAGACGCGACGACUGAACGCCAAACAAGAUCUCAGUCUUAAGGGAUCCAUUGAUGAGCCAAUUGUGGACUUGAUAUCUGCGUUGAACUCUUGUGGCGCUUAUUACACCACGAGUUCGUGCUCCGGAAGAAUCACUGUUAUGGCAGAUAAUAGCGGCUGUCAUCUGAAGAAGUCUGUCAGCAAAUGGCUGUUCAUAUCGCACGAUGUGGUGGAUUCAGAUGAGGUGAUGUCGGCCAUCAGGAGUGGUGACGAUCGGCCACUGUAUGCGUCCUUCAAAGUGGAACCGUUUGUAUUGCAUGUCUGCGCCGAUGGCUUGUCUGCAGCCAAACGACUGCUGGAAGUGGCCAUCGGUUGUGGUUUCCGUAACUCUGGACUCACUAUCAGUAAAAGCGAUCGCAUUAUAGUCGCCGUCAGGAGCUGUCACUCACUGGAAGUGCCCAUCAUUUGCGAUAAAGAGCUGAUUGUGACCGAAGACUACAUGAAAUACAUCACAGAAGUCGCGAAUCAAAAGAUGAGACAAAACUUUGAGAAAAUCAACAAAUUUUAUUCAAUGGUUAAGUCUUUGUGCGAUAAUCUUAAUAAUGGUUUAAGUGUUGAGUAA